AUGGAGAACGGGGAGGAUAUCUACGGCGCAGAGGAGCUCAUUCUUCCAAGCGGACAGCGCGUGCCCGCACGACCGGGGAGAUACCGCGUCACCCCUCCGCCAAACUUGAGCGAUACUGACGAAGAGCUCUUCAUCCUCGAGUACGACUACCCGGAGCUCAUCGUGCGAGAUGCAGCGUUGAGGACGUUAUACAAUCUGGAGCAGAUGCAAGUGCAAUCCCAACUGGGCCAGUGGCAACACGAUCACGGCCAAGAAGCUCACGGCGUCGUCUUGUCUCGCUGCGGGUACGCGUUCAGCUUGUCUAUCGAUUACGGCGCGAGCGGCUACCACCAGCAGUUCGUGCCCGACUUCGCCUUCAUCGACGCAGCGUCCUGGUCUCGUUUGUCUGAUGACGAGAAGAACGUGACGUAUCUUCAGUGUAUGCCGGCGGUGAUCGUCCAGUUCACGACCGACGUGAACACCAUGGGAGACCUGCAGAACAAAGUGACCAAGUUCGUCGAGGCUGGGACCCGGGAAGGCGUGGUCGUGGAUAUCAGCGGCCAGCGAGUCUGGAUCUACAAUCGAGGAGAGCAACCACACUUCGAGCCGCUGGCGGCGAUCGAGUUCGACUCGUGGCCGGGAUUCACGCUCGACUGCGUGGCGAUACUGCAGGAACGAGAACAAGAGCGACGUCGACUGGGACUGUAG